UGAGUCGACAGCAGCGCUCGAGACGUCGUAAAUACAUGAAUAUAGGUAUGUACACACGCUUAACCUUGAGUACAUGAGCCCCAGAACACGUGGACUGUCCGUACCCCUUCGAAACUCGACUAUUUUCAUUUUUCCAAUCAAUUGUUGCAAUUCCAAAUCAAAAUAUGUCACGAAGACCUGAACAUCUGGCGCCUCCAGAAGUGUUUUACAAUGAAGAUGAGGCACGAAAAUACACGCAGAGCUCCAGGAUGAUGGAGAUUCAGGUGCAGAUGUGCGAACGAGCUAUUGAGUUACUUCUGCUGCCUGAGGACGAGCCCUGCUUCCUUCUGGACGUGGGCUGUGGCUCUGGACUCAGUGGGAGUGUCCUGGAGGAGCAGGGACACGUUUGGAUUGGAGUGGAUAUUUCCUCGGCGAUGUUGAAUGUGGCUUUGGAGAGAGAAGUCGAGGGUGACCUCCUCCUCGGAGACAUGGGCCAUGGCAUGCCCUUCAGAGCCGGGAGUUUCGAUGGAGCGGUCAGCAUAUCCGCCCUCCAGUGGCUCUGCAACGCAGACAAGACCUCCCACAAUCCUGUGAAGCGUCUCCAAAAGUUCUUCGUCUCCCUCUUCGCGUGCCUGUCUCGAACAGCUCGAGCUGUCUUCCAGUUUUACCCGGAGAAUGGCGAACAGAUCGAACUCGUGACUACUCAAGCCACCAAGGCUGGGUUUUAUGGAGGGGUUGUGGUGGAUUAUCCCAACAGUACGAAAGCCAAGAAGUUCUUUCUGGUUCUCAUGACUGGGGGCGCCAUGCCCCUGCCCAAGGCCCUGGGGGAUGAGCACCAGAACUCGACCAUCAGCUACACCUCCAGGAGGGAGCACAUGAAGAAAGCCAGGGGGAAGAGUCUCAAGAAGUCUAGGGAGUGGAUCCUCGAGAAGAAGGAGAGGAGGAGAAGGCAGGGGAAAGACACGAGGGAAAAUACGAAGUACACUGGGAGGAAACGAAGUGGAAGGUUCUAGGGAAAAUGAAAAUAAAUUCUGCUUUCUGUAUAUAAAUUGGAAAAAACAUUGAUGAAUCGGGUUAAGGUGUUUCGUGGGGAGUCUUAUUGCUCUCGAGCCCUGAGUCAAUCGCUGAGCACGACAUUUUCCUAUUUUCAAGUGACUGUUUAAGUGUGCGUUUGAACAUUUUUUGAAUGGUGAUUUUAUUUAUCGGAUUGAUUCAAGGGUUUAAUGAUUUUGAGGGUCAAUUGACCCGUCGAAACGUCCAGAGUCAAGGGUUAAAUUAUUUUGAGGGUCAAAUGACCCUUCGAAACGUCCAGAGUCAAGGGUUAAAUUAUUUUGAGGGUCAAGUGAUCCUUUCAAACGUCCAGAGUCAAGGGUUAAAUUAUUUUGAGGGUCAAGUGACCCUUGAAAACGUCCAGAGUCAAGGGUUAAAUUAUUUUGAGGGUCAAGUGACUCUUGAAAACGUCCAGAGUCAAUGAUGAAAUGGUUCUGAGGGUCAAGUGACUCUUGAAAACGUCCAGAAUCAAGGGUUAAAUUAUUUUGAGGGUCAAGUGACCCUUGAAAACGACCAGAAUCAAGGGUUAAAUGAUUUUAAGGGUCAAAUAACUUUUGAAAACGUCCCGAGUCAAUUGUUAAAUGGAAAUACUUGGAAAUUUCUCCCAUGAUUUUUCCAAAUUUAUUUUCAUUAUUUUGACUUUUCAAUCGAAACACUUUAAUAAAUUUUUUCUAUGUACAGUAUUUAUUUUGGUACAUGCUGGGGGGUUUAUUCUGGCACGAGGAACAUUGAUACACUCCGGUGGAUGGGCUUUGGUAACGUGACUUCCAAUUCCUGCCUGUCCACCCACUGAUACUUGACUUUAUCCUGAACAUUUCCGUUUACGUGUUUUGCUAGGUAAUAAAAAAUUUUUGCACCACGCGAACCCUUUUCUCUCACUGCUCUUGGGUAGACGUACUUGUAGAAUCCUAUGGGGGCAUUCCCGUAGAUUUUUGCGGACAAAUUUUCACCGCAGGUGCUACGUAAGAUUCUUUCUGCACUCUGGGAAGAAAUGGAAAAUUAAAAAUUAUUGAGUGAUUUUAUUUCGAAGGAUUUAAGCGUUCUAAUAAUUUUUCUCAUUGCAAUCCUCUUCAAUGUUUGUAGAAUUAUUUUUGCAAUGAUUUAGUUAUUUGGAAUUAGAAGACUUAAAUUUAAUUUGGCGGUUUCAGGCGUCAGGAAACUUUUUAAUGAUGAAAUAAUUAAAAAAUUUCAGUUUACGAAUAUUACGACAUUUUUCGUAAACAAUUCGUUAACAAAAGAACUUUAGUAAUAUUUUCAUUCAUUCAUUCUUUGAGAACUAAUAAAUUCUUUAUUCGAUCAAGCUCAAAAUUAUUAAUAUUAACAAAAUAUAUUUAUUUGAAGUGAAAAAACGACGAAAAUUAGGUUUAAGUAAAAAAACAUUUUGUCAUGUACAAUGAACCAUUUUACGCGAAAAAAGGAUUUCCAAAAGUCAAAAUAAUUUCCAUUAUCUAUUUAU